AAAUCUGUUACAGACGGUGGCGUGGUGGGUGGUUCGAGAGCUGGACCAGUGGUGACUCCCCAUACAUUGGAGUUGACACCACGUGGUAGAGUUUUGCUGCAACUUGCACCGCCCGAAACUGCUCGAGCGUAUUUGCCGCCGGAAUAUCGACCGGGUCGUGUAUAUUCGGACACCGAUUCAGAAAAGAUGUGGAUGUACUCGCUGGGAAGGGCAUUAUUGGACACGACCCCGAGAGUCGCUGCACUGACAGGAACGGUUUCCGUUUCACCCUCGUCGGCACUUCAGUCCGUUUUAGCCGCCAUGACGGAACCCGAUCCACGAAGACGAGCUUCCUUGAUGAAUCUGCUAGACGUGAUCUCCGAAUAUUGCCGCACUCGUUUACAGUCGAAGCCUUUCACCCAUAUCGUAAUGGAUAUGUACCGUGAGGUGGUCAAGUCGCCUCAAUACACAGCUCGUAAACGCAUCACAUAUCAACACCUAAACCCUGUCCCUCCCCUUCGAAACCCUUCAGAUCUUACAGAACACAAUCGUCGUCAGACCAACUACCCUCACCAACAUCACCAUCAUCAACAACCAUCUCAGCAAUCCGAUCCUCUUCAAUCCAUGCACAGUCAAGCCAAAAAUCUUCAUCAACAACAAGAUCGUCAAUAUCGUUCUACCAAUCAGUAUAAUCCUCCUUGUCCAAGUCAACAACGUUCUCCAACUCGAUAUCAACCUCAUCAACAUCUUCAAAUUCAAGAAGUACCUCAGCAGGUUCAUAUACCAAAAGUUCACCACUAUCAUCAUCAUCAUCCUGCAAAGGGCGCCCUUUUCAAGCUUCAAUCGCGAAAUUCGCAUUCGCAUCCGAAUUUAACGAGCCUGUGUGGCCAGCAAUUACAACCGAACCGACGCCAGGAAGCCGAAGAUCAGAGAACACAGUUUCAGUCGCAGUUGAACGUUCAAACGAGUGGACGUAGCGUUGGUCCAGCGAUUCAGCAUCAACGCCGCCAUCAUCACUCGAGAACGUAUUCACAGCCAAUUUAUACGAGGCUACAGCAUACCAGAAGCAGUGGUAACUUAGCGUCGACCAUCGUCAGUGAAAGCAAUCCCGGAGGAAACGUUUAUAGCGACCCUAUUUACGCGUUACCCGUUAAACCUUUCCUGAGCUCGCAAGACGUCAGAGUAAACGGUCUGUCCGUGAAGCCACCUGUCGGACAUCGUAACGAGGAUGUGUACACAGCUACAACGAUAGCAAGGCGACCAUCUGCGGCCGGAUAUUCUCAACCAGACAUACCGACGUCGUCGACAGAACGGGGACUAGAGGAGGUUUAUGGAAGAUCUACAGGACGCGUGAAUCCGACGUUGCAAAGGCAACACUCAAAUCCUCAGCUUCCUAGCAGGGAUCAGCAAGACAGUGAUUUCGAGCGAAUGCCAGAGCAGGGCGUGAAAACGAGCGAUCACAGAUGUCUGGCCGGCAGGGGGAAGGAGGAACAGACAGUGCAGCAACAAAAUCCAGUGUCUUCCAUGAGAGUCAGAAGUGUUCAGGGGCCACCGAAGCCUCCUCGAAUAAUCACUACAUUGAAGAAGGCGCCAUUCUCCGACGUAGAGAGCAGCAAGUCGGAACCACCAGCGAAACCACCUAGGAAUCUGGUAAAGAAUGGACCGAGAGCUCGGCGCGGUAAAGCUGUACAAAGAGCACCAUCCCGCCUAUACAGAACAGUAGGUGGUCCAACUAGAUCCUUCAACAAAGCCCAAUGCAUUGGUCCUGAAUUCGUAGUGCGUGCCAAUCAGCCACCAAAGACGCUAUGUGUUGGCCAAGUAAAGGCUAGCAAUUCCGGACGUAUUGUCGUGAUAAUGCUGACUGGACAACGAGUGGAAGUUACUUGUGAUCCUCAAAAAGUUACGGCUGGAGAUCUGUUCCAGGCCAUCAUGCAAGCCGAAAGCCUAGACGAAAACUUCACCCUUGGUCUGGCGGUGCUAUUAGCCGGUGAUUUUGCGAUUUUACCUCCCGAUACUAAAUUGAACAAAGUCGCACCACCUGGAUGGUUAAGCAGCGGCAAAAGCAAAGGUCUUCUGGGUCUUCCGACUAGUUUUAUGCUGUACUUGAGGCUCAGGUUCUUUCUACCCUCCCUGCGUGGUAUAAGGAGUUGGAUAUCGAAGCAUCUAUUAUAUUUGCAAAUACGACGAUGUAUAUUGGAGCAACAACUGGUGUGCCCGUAUCCCGAGUUAAUUAAUCUCACUGGAUUGGCUCUUCAAGCUGAAUUUGGGAAUUAUAACGCGAACGAACACGGUUGCGGUGAUUAUUUCCUGCUGGAACACUAUGUUCCGGAGUCGCUGAUUCUGAAUAUAGAUCAGCAUCAAUCUCAAAUCAUCAACGAAGGGGCGGAAGCUCUCCGUGCCCGUCUUCACCAGGCACAUCGCGACAGACGUGGCUUGGACUCGAACAAAGCUGAGGAGAUGUUCAUAACUCACGCACAAACCCUUCCAGAUUAUGGUUCUCACUAUUACAUUGCCACCGUGGACUCUAAGGAACUGGAGAAGGUAAUGGCACAGCAAAGGAAGAGAAAGUCGACCGAUAACCACGACACGUCCGAGGAAUUGCUCGAUUCCAGCGAGAAUAUUUAUAACCAAGAUGGCAGACAGGAAUAUCUUCGUGGUCGAAUUGAAAUUUCUCGAUUGGGAUCUUGCGAGAAUAUUCCAAAGAUCCCAUAUGACGAACGAAAACCUGCUGGAUUGACCAAGAGCGCCACCUCGAACGACAUUUAUGGAGCUUACAAGUCCAAGUAUCGCGUAGAAGCUUGCAACAACAACAACGUUAAUAACGUAAAUAAUAAUAAUAAUAAUAAACUGAAUCACGAUGGAAAGAACAGCAAAGGUGGAAAGAAGAAGACUGAGAGCAACGUUUGGUUAGCCAUCCAUGCUCAGGGAUUGAAGUUGUUCGAAAGAGGAGAGCCAAGAGAAAGGAUCAAGCUGGCGCAGUUUCAGUGGAAGGAUAUUCAGACGUUGAGCUACAGUAAAAGCUGUCUGGUGGUCUAUAGCAAGGUGAAUGGGAAACGAUGCAAGUUCAAACUCAGAAUGGACCAUCGAAAAAGUUACUUCGCUUUCAAGCUCACCUCUUUGCACCAUCAGUUCUUCUUAAGGCUGCGCUCGGAAUUUACGUCGCUACAGGGACUUGCGAAAGAAUUCGGUGUUCCUACGACGAUCGAAGCAAAGGCCUCGCCAUCAAAGUCAAAAUCUCACGAUAGUAAAACGAAAAUAGCCAUAGCGAACACCGUGAAGAAUGCGCAGCUGAGGUCGAAUUAUUCGAUGCAGUUGGAGGAAUACCAGAACAAAGAGAAUGAAAAUCCACAGAAAGAUAUUAUCGCGGUGCCAAAGACGAAAGAUACUCUUCGCGAACCCGGUUUCUACUCGUCUGAAGAAGAUGCGCUUUACGCGCAAGUGAACGUGCGGUUGGAACCAGAAGGAGAGUCCCGUGAUACGGAAGACGAGUCAGAAAGAAGCCUGACGAGUCCCAACGAGCCGCUCUCGCUAGACGCAAAGGAAAUGAAAAACGACGGGAAGAUCUACAAUCGUCCGCGAAUAGAACUGGAAACUGAAACUGAAUGUGGCUAUUCGCUUCCUAAGAUCAUGUCAUCGAACGACGUAGAUCAAUUAGAGAAACCGGAUAAUCCUGAAGUAUUGUAUGCUGCGAUCAACAAAGUUGGAGUCUCAAGGAAGAACGAGUUUCCUGUUCCGGAUGAGGUAUGGGACGUAUCGGACGUGAAGAAAUCGUUACACAAGAUGAAGACUUCAAGUUUACCGAAUUACGGAACACCCAGACAAUCCGGAGGUUAUCGGACGCCGAGUUUGCCACGUCGUCUGGGAGUAAAAAUGGGAACACGAGCGAUCUACAGCAGCCUCGUGCAGAAAGACAACGCCCUUACCGACGACAUGGAGUCGCUAUCAUUAAAAUCAGACACGGAGUCUUCGAUUCAGUCAUUGUCCGCACGAUCAACGGAAUCUCCUCUACCGGAAGCAUACGUACUCAACGCUGACAUCCGUACAGAUGAUGAGACGUUCCGUGUGCCGGAGGACGAGUCGAUGUCCGCUUCCUUAGCAGCGCGUCUUGAAGAGUUGUCGUUUGCCGAGGAACGAAUCCUGCAGACAAUUAAGUUGGAAAGAGGACACGGUGGUAGCAUAGGGUUGCAAGUGACAGAGGGUAACGAUGGUGGCGUCUAUGUCCAAGCAGUGUCGGUAGGAGGAUCGGCCGAUAUGGCCGGAAACGUGAACAAAGGCGAUCGCAUCGUAGCAAUAAACGGGCAGAAUUUAUUGCAUUUGCGGUAUGAAGACGCUCUGAAGAUGCUGCAGAGCUCGUCCGAUACGAUCGAGCUGGUUCUCUCUCAAGCUACUUCCCGUAAAAACGCGACCUCCAGGAAGAAUCACGAACAACCUGCGGAAAAUAACUAUUUCAAUGACAUCAGAUUCGACGUGUCCUCGGAAGCAGAUACGUCGAGCAUGACAAACAAAUGGCUCGUUCAAAGGACCACCGACGUUGCAUCUGUGCAAAACACCUCGAGCGCGUACAGCAGUGCCGCAUCGAGCGCAAUGGGUAAUCACAAUGCAAACAGCCUAUACAUGGCCGAUCUUGUCGAUAAUGAUGCACUUAAGUCUGCAAGUAUGCUGCUCAGUAUAGAAGACUUCGACGUCAGCAGAACGAGUCGCCAAGUUUUUAUUUAAUCGUCGAUAAAACAAGUACAGAAUCUGUCAGCAGUACACCGCCAGUCCCACCGAGACGGAAGAAGCGCAAAGCGAAGGUCGCGGCAAUUGCAAAAUCUCCGAAAGGAACGUCACCGACUCGUCUCAGAAAACCAGACAAAAA